AUGCAGAGAAACAUCUCAGAAUUCAUUCUUUUGGGACUUUCUUAUGAUGAGAAUGCACAAAUACUUUGCUUCGUGCUCUUCUUGUUUUGCUAUGUCGCUCUCUUGGUAGGAAACCUUCUCAUCCUUGUCUCCAUCCGACGAGCCCCUCUUUUCCACCAACCCAUGUAUUAUUUUCUCAGCCACUUAUCCUCUGUGGACAUCUGCUACACCUCGAGUGUUACACCUAAAUUAAUUGGUGACCUGCUACGAGGGACAAAAACCAUCUCUUAUGGUAACUGCAUGUUACAGGUUUUUGCGGUGCACUUCUUUGGAAUCACGGAGGUGUUCGUUCUCACCGUCAUGGCAUUUGAUCGCUAUGUCGCCAUUUGUAAGCCUCUCCACUACAUGGUUGUCAUGAACAGAGCGAGGUGCAAUCUCCUCGUGUUUGCUGCUUGGGUGGGUGGGGCCGUCCAUUCCUUUCCUCAAUUAUCUCUGACCAUCCGGUUACCCUUCUGUGGUCCUAACGAGAUUGAUCACUAUUUUUGUGAUAUCUUUCCUUUGCUAAAAGUUGCCUGUACUGAUACCUACAUAACUGGUGUCCUUGUGCUUGUCAAUUCAGGUCUGGUUGCCUUAGUUACCUUCGUUGUCUUAUUUGGUUCUUACGUCAUGAUAUUAUUCACUUUAAGAAAUCACUCGGCUGAGGGAAAACAGAAAGCUUUCUCCACCUGUGGGUCUCAUAUCACUGUGGUAGUCUUAUUUUUUGUGCCUUCCAUAUUUGCCUAUCUUAGGCCUCCGACCACGUUUCCUGAGGAUAAAGUAUUUGCACUUUUUUACACAAUUAUUGUGCCUAUGUUCAACCCCUUAAUUUAUACUUUGAGAAAUAUGGAGAUGAAAAACACCUUGAGAAAAGUUUGGUGUCAAACAUUAUAUUCAAAGGAAGGACACUAG